GUCGACCUCGCUUAUUUACAGACCUGGUUUUGCCUGCGAACAACGGUCUUCUACAUAUCAAAUCGUACCCGGCCAGUCGUGCUAUAGUUCUUGCAUACCUCUGUGGAUUUCGAUCGCCGCGUACAUUGAUGUAAGAAACUCACCUACACGAGAACCAUGAAGCUCAUCUCUGUCCUCACUGCCCUUACCGCCUUCAAGGCCGCCACGGCCCUCCCCUCGGGUUCCAUGUCGAUGACCGACAGCGCUCCGCAUCCCACUUUCUCCGUCAGCCUCUACACUCUCACCAACUACACUGGAAACACCAAGACCAUUACCAGCAAACAAGGCGCCUGCAUCAAGGUAGACGACUCCCUCGCCUACCAAGUCUCGAGCAUCAAGAUCAACCAAGGAGUUUGCAACUUCUACUUGCUGCGGAGACAAUCCAGUGUAUGGCUGCAGGCACUUCAGGCUAGAGGUUCCUGGUAUCGGCUGGCUUAAUUAUGAUUAUAGAUACUGCGCGUCCAGCAAAACUACAUAUGUCCUCGGUGACAAGGCUGUCGGCUACAAGUGCUGGUGCAAUUACGAGCGGCUCAGCAAAGAAGAAUGCCAGUAAAGUGAUGCGACUGGAAAUUCGGCUCGGGUGGAUAUUUGGGUUUUUUUUUUUUUUUUUAAA